AUGCCUCCACCACCAGCCGAGACUUUCGCCGCCUCGACGACACUCCUAGUCGACGACACUCGGACUCAACGACACUCGCACUCGACGACACUGGGUCGCAAGGGCAAGAGGAAGAGGAAGAGGAAGAGGAAGAGGAAGAGGAAGAGGAAGAGCAAGAGCAAGAGCAAGAAACUCGUCGCCGAGCACCCAAUACCUCGUGCACUGGGAAGGAUACCCGCGAUCAGUCGCCUUCCGACCGCCACCAUGCUGGGUGCUAGACGAGACUCGUCACGCAGGACAAAUUCUCGUUGUCUGCAACCUGAAAGGCUGCACUUCACUGUGUCGGAGAUAUGGCUGAGUCGUCGGAUGAGAUAUCACAUCGCCAUGUCUAUUAAGCCGCGAUGGGUUUCUUGCCUGAACGACUGCGACAAUGCGGAGGGGGAACUCUCCCCGACGGCGUUCUGGACAGCGGAAGAAGAAGAGCCGCGGCUGUGGUCAUGGAGAAGCAUAUGUGGUCUUGGAAUCGGUCUGGUACCAGAGGAGCCGCUUAACCCUGCGGAGAACAUAGUGUCUUUGCCGGAAGUGACUUUGCUCAUCACAGUCUUUAACGGGCGCUUCUCCUGCUUCGUGCAGUUAUGGCACUGCACUACCCUCAUCAGUUGGCGUGAGCCAGAUGCUACGGGCAUGUAA